AUGGGUCGCAAGAGGAAGAGCACAAUGGGUGGAAAGACUCCACCGUCAAAGGGCCGGCCUUGCUGCAAGUCGGUGGCGGUGCCCAGUCUAGUUGCCGUAGAGGCGCCGGAGCCGGUGGCAGCGUCCAACGCAAUGGUGCCACAUCAUCAGCCAAAAGGAGGACCAGGGCUACUCAAACAAGCCUGCAGUGCAGUCGCGGUAUCUGCGGCGAAGGAAAAGGUGGUGAAGCUCGACUUAGAUGUUCCGAUGAGGGUGCUAAACUGCGACGUGUGCUAUGGCCUCCUGAAGGCUCCCAUCUUCCAGUGCUCCCUUCUGCGGCACGUCGCGUGCAGGUCCUGCAGUGAGUUCCACGGCGGCAAGUGCCGUCCUUGUGCAGACUUGGCCGCCUCCGCUGUCUACGUCCAGAGCUCCUACCUGGACACCCUAUUCGGCUACAUCAAGGAGGCCUGCCCGUACAAAAAGUACGGCUGCACAAGCACUAUUGUCAUAGGUGACCUGGCGGCGGCGCACAGAGCCACAUGCGAGUUCGAGCCCUGUUGGUGCACGAGGUGCUCUUUCAAGGGCUCGCCGGCGGACCUCGUGAGCCACUUCACGCUCACGCACGCCUGGUCCGCCCACAAGUUCACAUACGGCCAAGACUACAUAUACAACACCGACGAGAUGGAUUCGUCGUUUGUGUACACCGACAAGAUGGAUUCGUGGAUGGUGCGCUAUGAACUCUUUCUCGGGGAGGACGGUGGCGUGUUCCUAUUGGUCGUGGACCUUGCUCCGUUCUUCCAGGAGUUCCCUUUCCCCUUGGUGACCCUUGUGUGUGUCAGGAAUAGCGCUGCUGCUGCCGCUGGGCCGGUGUACACCUACUCGGUCAGGGCGGAUGCCCCUCCUGCUCAGAGGCGCAAGCUGAAGCUGGAAAUUAAGGAGGUGGCGAGCUGCCCGGACUGGAGGAUGGAGCGUGACUGUUUCCCACUGCUUCCGGGGAUGCUGCGUGAGGAAAAAACCAGCAAGAGUGUCCUUGUGCGCAUCUGCGUUAGCAAGAGCGAGAGCAGCAGCGCGUCAUGCUCAAGUUAG